AUGCCCCAGGAGGCAGAGUGGUUCUUCCCAGCCUUGUCCGCGUUGCGCAUUUUUAUCAUCUGGGCCAUCAGCAGUUGGUUCCGCCGCGGGCCGGCACCCCAGGAGCAGAGCAGCGCUGGCGGGACGCCGCGAGCUCCAAGCCGAAACCUCUUCCCUAAGGAUACUUUGAUGGACCUGUACGUGUAUAUCUCAGAGCACGAGCACUUUACAGAUUUCAACGUCAGCUCGGCGCUGUUCUGGCAGAAGCGGGAUCUCGUAUAUGGAGACUGGACCAGCGGGGAGAAUGCGGAUGGGUGUUACGAGCACUAUGGGGAGGUAGACAUUUCACAGAGCGUCCAGCAAAAUGGCUCUAUCUACAUCCACGUGUACUUCACAAAGAGCGGCUUCCACCCAGAUCCCAGACAGAAAAACCUCUACAGACGCCUUGCCACGGUCCACACAUCACGCAUGAUCAAUAAAUACAAACGACGGCGGUUCCAGAAAACCAAGAACCUUCUGACUGGAGAGACAGAAGCGGACCCCGAAAUGAUCAAGAGGGCGGAAGACUAUGGUCCCGUGGAGGUCAUCUCGCACUGGCACCCCAACUUGACCAUCAACAUGGUGGACGACCACACGCCCUGGGUGAAGGGCAGCGUGCCGCCGCCCCUGGAUCAGUACGUGAAGUUUGACGCCGUCAGCGGUGACUACUACCCCAUCCUCUACUUCAACGACUACUGGAACCUGCAGAAGGACUAUUUCCCCAUUAACGAGACCCUGCAGCGCCUGCCCUUCCGCCUCUCCUUCUGCCCGCUCUCCCUGUGGCGCUGGCAGCUCUAUGCUGCCCAGAGCACCAAGUCCCCCUGGAAUUUCCUGGGAGAGGACCUGUAUGAGCAGUCAGACGAGGAGCAGGACUCGGUGAAGGUUGCCCUCCUGGAGACAAACCCGUACCUGCUGGCUCUGACCAUCAUCGUUUCCAUCGUUCACAGCAUAUUUGAGUUCUUGGCCUUCAAAAACGACAUCCAGUUCUGGAACAGCCGGCAGUCCCUGGAGGGUCUCUCCGUCCGCUCUGUCUUCUUUGGCGUCUUCCAGUCACUCGUCGUUCUCCUCUACAUCUUGGACAACGAAACGAACUUCGUAGUGCAAGUCAGCGUCUUCAUCGGGCUCCUCAUUGACCUCUGGAAGAUCACAAAGGUCAUGGACGUCAGGCUGGACCGAGAGAACAAGGUCGCAGGAGUGUUUCCACGCCUGACUUUCAAAGACAAAUCCACGUACAUUGAGUCUUCUACCAAGGUGUACGACGAUAUGGCUUUCCGGUACCUCUCGUGGAUUCUCUUUCCCUUCGGUUACGCCGUGUACAGUCUGUUAUACCUGGAGCACAAGGGCUGGUACUCGUGGGUGCUGAGCAUGCUCUACGGCUUCCUCCUGACGUUUGGUUUCAUCACCAUGACCCCGCAGCUGUUCAUCAACUACAAGCUGAAGUCGGUGGCCCACCUGCCCUGGCGGAUGCUGACCUACAAAGCCCUCAACACCUUCAUCGACGACCUCUUCGCCUUCGUGAUCAAGAUGCCCAUGAUGUACAGGAUAGGCUGCCUGCGGGACG